AUGUACACGAAACUCGCUCUUUUCUCCAUCGUGGUUGCUAUCGUUGCCGCAGUUCCCACUCCUGGUGGCGGCGGACACAAACACGUGACUAUCCACGUACCCUACAAGGUUCACACUAUCCACCACCACCACGUGUCUAAAGUACAUGUACCAGUGCACGUACCUGUUGUCAAGGAAGUGCCUGUGAUCAGAGAAGUACCGGUAUACAAGCACGUGCCUGUGCCCAUAGUACAGCACGUGCCUUAUCCAGUGAUCAAGAAGGUGGAGGUUGAGAAGCAGGUGUUUGUGCCCGUACACUCUCAUCAUGAGGAGCACCACGGUUGGGAGAGCGAGUCGCUGUCGCAUGGCUGGCACUGA